CUGGCCCGGCCGCGGGACGAGUAACGGUUACGAAGCACUUUCUCGAGUGCGGUUUCUGCUUAGUCAUUGUCUUCCAGGAAACGACUCGGUCGUCUCUCUGGCCGCUCGACCGGGCGCCCGCAGAAGCCGCAGCGGCCGUCCGCGCCGGCGCCUCCCUCCGGGCCCGCCUCCCGGUCACCGCCCGGCCUCCUCGGGGCCCCCGAGCGCACACCGGGCUGCGGCCGCGCGGAGUCGGCGGCCUCGCGCUCGCCUGCGGGGCCUGGGGCACCGCCGCGCCCUGCGAGGGGGCCCGCCGCUCUUCCCGCCCGCUCUCCGCGUCCCCGUCGCCCCCCUUCGGUCCCCGCUCCGGGCGGCUGCUGCCAUGGGCACCGACAGCCGCGCGGCCGGGGCGCUCCUGGCGCGGGCCAGCACCCUGCACCUGCAGACCGGGAACCUGCUCAACUGGGGCCGCCUGCGGAAGAAGUGCCCGUCCACGCACAGCGAGGAGCUUCGAGACUGUAUCCAAAAGACCUUGAAUGAGUGGAGUUCCCAAAUCAGCCCUGAUUUGGUCAGGGAGUUUCCAGAUGUCUUGGAAUGCACCGUGUCCCAUGCAGUCGAGAAGAUAAACCCUGAUGAAAGAGAAGAAAUGAAAGUUUCUGCAAAGCUGUUCAUCGUAGGAUCGAAUUCCUCAUCAUCAACCAGAAAUGCAGUUGACAUGGCGUGUUCAGUCCUCGGAGUUGCACAGCUGGACUCUGUGAUCAUUGCUUCGCCUCCAAUUGAAGAUGGAGUUAAUCUUUCCUUGGAGCAUUUGCAGCCUUACUGGGAGGAACUAGAAAACUUAGUUCAGAGCAAGAAAAUAGUUGCUAUAGGCACCUCUGAUCUAGACAAGACACAGCUGGAGCAGCUGUACCAGUGGGCACAGGUAAAACCAAAUAGUAAUCAAGUUAAUCUUGCCUCCUGCUGUGUGAUGCCACCAGAUCUGACUGCAUUUGCUAAACAAUUUGACAUACAGCUACUGACUCAUAAUGACCCAAAAGAACUGCUCUCUGAGGCAACUUUCCAAGAAGCUCUUCAAGAAAGCAUCCCUGACAUUGAAGCCCAGGAGUGGGUGCCGCUGUGGCUGCUGAGAUACUCAGUCAUUGUGAAAAGCAGAGGAAUCAUCAAGUCAAAAGGCUACAUUUUGCAAGCCAAAAAGAGAAAGGGUUCUUAACUGCAACGCAGCCUCCCAACUCGCUGCUGACCCUAUAUUUAUCUUGAACACAAGGUAAAAAUUCAUAUGAUAAAAUUGAGAUGUGUAAAAAAAGCUAGCUAUUACCUACAAGAAGUGUCACUGAGGCAUGUACUCAGUUGUUUUGGCAGUGUGCUAUCAAGUUCUGAGUACUUCUCCCACCUCCGCGUCAGCACACCCACAGGAACCACUGUCUUGUUUUCAUUAAACUAUUGUUUUCUAAUGGAAAUUGUCUAUAAAGAAAAAUACUUGCAAUAUUUUUUCUUAUUUUUAUGAGUAAUAGAAAUCAAGAAAAUUUGUUUUUAGAUAUAUUUUGGCCUAGGCAUCAGGGUGAUGUAUAUACAUAUUUUUUAUUUCCAAGAUUCAUUAAUUGCUUCUUACUAUAUACUUGUAUAACUAAGCAAUUAAAUUACAAUUGUUAAAUACUGGAAGAGAUUUUUUUUCUGUCAUUGGCAAAAUAAUCUAUCUCAGAGUAACUAUAACAGCUGGGAUCUACUAGUGAUGUAAAUAAAAUUCAUUCUUUGAUCCAUGAAUGGAAACUUAGUCUUGUGUGUGUUCUUGCUUACAACCUAGCUGUGCUUUUUGACCAUAUGUUCUGGGUCAUGUUUCUUCCACCUCUUAUUUACAAAAGCAAGCCAAAGUGAAUCUGAGAAAGAGGCCUGCAGCCUUAAUGUUAUUGUUAGGAAGUUUCAUAAAAAUGGCUUCUGCCACCUUCAGAUUCUUUGGAACUCUUGCUGCAUUCUUAGUGUGUUGCUGCUUAUUUGAGAAGCUUCACUAAGUCAGUUGCACUCAGCAUGUGGUCUCUAGAGAGAUGGAUUAAGAAUCAUCGGAAAACUUGUGAUUUCUGUACCUAUGAAUUACUGACAAGGAGGGAAUAAAGCCAGAAAAGGCUGGGGGCAGGGAAUCAUUUGAUUUCAUACUAGCUUAAAAACCAGAAAACUGUAAAGAAGCUAUGGUCCUUACAGCAUCCUAAAGGGUCUUAAUCUAUAACUGUGUCUGCAACCCAGUUUCAGUUUUUCUUUAAAAGGCAUAUUGUAUGCCAGUCUUUUAAACCAUAGGUCUUUGUAAAGCAAAUUUUGCUCAGAAUUUUUCAACUUAGGUCUGUGUUAAGUCAGUGCAGUAGACCUUUUUCCUAAGUAAGGCUUUGUAGUUACUGAUUGGAUAGUUUUCCCAGUUAGAAUUGUGUGAAUUCAGCUGAUUUGCCUACUAAAGCUUAUAGAAUUUUAAGUGGAAGCCUAUACUCACAUUGAUUGUAUAUAAUGCUAAAUAUAAAUUUAACUUUUAAAUCUGGCAAGGAUACAUGUUUUCAUGUGGCAUGAAUUUUUAAAUAUGUUUUAUCUUAAAUCUGUAGUGAGCUGGCUGAGCUGCUCUGAAGGGAAAGUUUAAUGUCACCCUUUUUAUUUUUAAAACACAAGUUGGGGGGUAACGUUUUUUUGAUGGGUUUCUUUGAUGAUGUGAAAAAACAAAAACUAACCCUUUUGCUAAUGGAUCCAGAUGUUGUUAAUUAGAGCUUGUUUGUGAAUGUCUCUUCCACUCAACAGAGAAAGAAGCAUAGUUAGGGUUCACUUUGUGAAGGGAUCAUGUACAGAAGAAAUUUUUCAAGGGUAGAAUUUUUAAAUGAUUUUGUUGUUUUUAUUCCAAAUCCUUGUGUUACUGGAUGACCUUUAAAAAUUAGUCUGUUGCUGUUAGUUUAAAGGUAUGGUCUAAUAAUGUUUAUUAUUAGCCUAUAAUUAUCAUGGCGGUAUAUCUAACCUGCAAUCACAAUCAGUAAACGACAGUCACCUAACAGAUUUUAUAACAGCCUAAUAUCACCUCAGACAGGGCAGAUACUGACCCUCUAAAACUACCUUUAUGUCCCAACCCCAUCCCAGGCUACCUCCCAUCCAUAGUUCCAUAAAUCCUUGCUUCUUUUUCAACGGGCUGCUUCCUCCAUCCUUGUCGCCAUGUGCUCUCACAUUAAGCUACAGUGGCUCUCCCUUCCCUUCCCCUCCUCUUACCCCUUUUCUCCUGUGAUCCUCUCCUGUCCCCCAAGCCUGCAAAUCUCAGCUUUACCUACCUCCUGCCCUUCCCGGGUUUAGGCCUUUUAAACAGCUCAUUAAGGAUAAUUGGUGAACAGUCCUCACGUGAGUAGAGGAAAUAGUACAACCUUCACAACAACGCCUGUGGCAGGGAUCUCAAAGCAUUACAAUCAGCAUUUGAAUGCAUAGCACCAGACCAACCCCCAACAUGAGUCUUUUGAGGGCUGGAAAGGUGGCUCAGUGGCUAAGAGCAUUUGCUGUUCUUGAAGAAGGUCCCAGCACCAACAUAGUGGCUCACAUAUAUCCCUGACUUCAGUCCCAGGGUAUCCAAUGUCCUUUUCUGACCUAGAGGCACCAGUCACACACAUGGUAUACAUACAUACACACGUGCAACACACACACACUAAAUAUAUGUAUAUCUAUAUCCUUCAGAAAUACUCCCCAAGUAAACUGCUUAAAAGGCCAAGUUAUCAAUAGUUUGUAUGGAAGAUAUAUUUGAAUGCAGUGACCCAAAGUAGAAAGGUUUUUGUGUAUAAUUGAUUGCUAAAUAAACAUUGGAAGGAUUUUUAGCUCAUUACAUUUCCAAAGUCAAGUUGCACCUUAUUCCGCAGUGCUCUCUAACUUCCACAAGUUUACCUUGAAUUUCCAUCAAAGAACCUGUGACACCAGGACCAAGGUCUCUCAGAAGCUAGAUUCAGGGGCUGUAAAUUCUGAAGACCUUUUUGUUGUUGUUUGAGACAAGGUCUGUAUGUUGUCCUGGAGCUUGUUACAUCAACCAGGUUGGCCUCAGACUCAUACAUUUGCCUGCCUCUGCCUCUCCGGAGUGCUGGGUUUAAAGCCAAGAGCUACUACAUCCUGCCCCUGAAGACCAUAUUGAUGCUAGAACAUUAAUAUAGUGUCCAUGUAAGGAUGACCAGCCUUGGAACAGGAAUCAUAAAUAGCUGAUCAGAGUUCAGCCCUGAAAACUGGUCACCUGGACAUUUGAGUUGUGUGCUUUUAUUUGGUUGUGUCAAGGAUGGGAACAUCCAGGACCUAGAGCAUCUCGUUAAAUUUGAACUAUCUAAAUUUAAACUAAGUAUGAAUUAUUUUUUUAAAAUAUAUAAAUGUAAAAUGAAACCCAACAUUCUGUAUUGUACAGGCAUUUCAGGUUUUCUGCGGGGGGAGGAAGAUAAAGCUUUUUUUGUCUACUUUCCUUUAGUAGUUCAGACUUUACUAUGUCAGGGCCAAAUAGUAGCCAAAAUUGGGAUCUUGCUUUUCAGAGAUAAAAUUCCUAAGGCUCAUCUUAAUUAUAUGUCUAUUUAUUCUAGGCUGCAUACCAAGUAUUUUAAUCUUUGAAAUGUAAUGAUCAUUGAUGUAUAUUGGCUGGUAAUUCAUCCCUCUGCCAAAUGUACAUAUAGAGAAUUGUGAAGUUUUUAAAAGAAUUUAAAUCGCUUGUACAAUUUGUGUUCUUAUUCUCAAAUACAGCAGCUUUGAUUCUAAACCUAUUUUUCCAACACUGAUUUCCAAUGUUUCAAAAUUAAUUACCUCUUUUCAUCGUAAAAUUGAUGGACUGUGUCAGUUUGAUUUUUUUAGAAAUAUGUAACAAUAUUUUCAUAGUUUUCAGAUUGAUGGAAGCAGAAACUGGCGAUAAUUAACUGUACUUAUGUGUCUAGUAUACUAAAGCAAAAUACAAGGCAUUGUUAAAAAUAAUUUUAUUUUGUUUAUAUUACUGACAUGUGAGUUUAAUGUUUUUCUAUAUGGGUUGUUUGAAUGAUGGGAACAUCCUGAAACAUCACAUUGAUUUUGAACAUUUAAAUUCAAACAGUAUGAUCUGAAAAUAAAUUGAGUUACUUGAAAAAUA